AUGAGCUUUCUGUAUGGAAAGGUUGUGAAGAGCCAAAGACCCGCCCUCCAGAGCACUGAAGCAGGCGCCGAGGGACCCAAAACCCCAAACGCCCAAAGGGAUCCUCAGAGCAAAGGCGCCCAGGAGGGGACAACCCAGGAAAUCUGCCCCCACACCAAGGGAAGAGGAAAAACGACCCAGAGGAAACCGCCCUGCCGCUGCAAUGCCGAAGCCCCCAGGAGCUGCAGGGAUGAGCCCGUGUGCUCCACUGGCAGCCAGUCACCCCGAGGUGUAAUCAGCCAUGGGCCCCGGGGACCUGAGGCCCCAGUGGUGUCCCACCAUCCGACGGGAGCCCCGACCAGACGCAGAGGGUCCGAGGACCCGGCACCCCUUUGGAGCGCUGGUGCCCUGUCCCGGGAUUACCGGAUGACCCAAUGCCCAAAGGGAUCCCCAGAGCAAAGGCGCCCAGGAGGGGACAGCCCAGGAAACCCGCCGCCACACCAAGGGAAGAGGGAAAACGUCCCAGAGGCUAUGCCGAAGCCUCCAGGAGCCGCAGGGAUGAGCCCGCGGGCUCUGCCGGCAGCCAGCCACCCCGAAGUGGAAUCAGCCAUGGGCCCCGGGGACCCCAGGCCCCAGUGGCGUCCCACCCUCUUCCGGGAGCCCCAACCAGACCCAGGGUGGCCAGGCCUAGCUGCUGGGAAUAACCCAGCCCCCCACUCUGGCAUCCAGCCCCAAACACCGAGCACCACCAAUGUACCGGCGGGCCAAAGCACCAGCCAUCAGAUGGGGGCAGGACUGGGGAAAUGGGCUCCACACUUAGCGGAGACUUGA